AACUUGCGCCACUGAGGAGGAAAUAAUUGCCACGCUACUUCCUUAUGAAUUAUUAAGAACUCUGGUCUUAUUUUAGCCCGACUCAUUGUGCUGCAUUUAGUUGCGUCGGUUCAAGGUGUUGAUUUAUUUAUCUUUUUUUUUUCAUAUUAUGGACAGCUGUAUUGUGGCUGAUAAACGUGUGAGCUGAUCAAGUAGUGAGACAAGCAUUGAGAGCAAAGCAGCAGCAGGAGCAGCAACGCCGUGGUCACAAGGAGCCGUGGUAGAGGCAGCAGCACGAUCAGUCACAGCGCAGGCAGCAACGGCAGCAGCAGCAGCAGCAGCAAACUCUUCUCGUUUUCUCUCUUCUUUCCGGAGUUGUUUCUUUGCUCGGAGCACAAACGCCAAGGAAAUCAAAGGAGGAGGUUAUCCUGGACUUGAUAGCUACUAUUAAAACAAAAAAAAAAAAGAAAGAAACAAUCGCAGACCUGGCUGCCCCCAUGCCUAUCGAAUUUGUUUGCAAAAUCAAGUUUGCAGAGGAGGAUGAGAAGCAGAAAAAGAAACAGGAUGGGGACAAGGAGAGUCUGAUCGAGGAGAGCUGCGCACCUCCGGCCAAGGACUUGGCUGGGUUUGCAAACUCCUGCUCCCUACAUGGGAUUAAUCACAUCUUUGUCUCCGGACGACUUGGUAUCCGGCAGACGCUGUGGGCUCUUGCCUUCCUCACUUCACUGGUGCUCUUUGUUUACCAGGCAGCAAAAUGUGCCAUCUCCUACCUGGAGCACCCCCAUGUCACCGCACUCAACGAAGAGGCGACCCCUGAGAUGGUUUUCCCUGCCGUGACCAUCUGCAACAUCAACCGCUUUCGCUUCUCCGCGCUCACCGAUGCUGACAUCUACCACCUGGCGAACCUGACGGGACUGCCCCCCAAAAACAGGGACGGUCACAAGCCCGCCGAUCUUAUGUAUCCUGCGCCUGACAUGCAGGACAUAUUCAACAGGACGGGACAUCAGCUGGAUGAGAUGCUGAUGAGCUGCAACUUCAGCGGGCAAAACUGCUCGGCGGAGGACUUCACUGUGGUUUACACCAGAUAUGGGAAAUGCUACACCUUUAAUGGGAACAAGACCACAUCCAGGAAAACCAAGCAAGGGGGAAUGGGAAAUGGGCUGGAGAUCAUGCUGGAUAUCCAGCAGGAUGAAUAUCUGCCAAUAUGGAGAGAGACAAAUGAGACAUCUCUGGAGGCCGGAAUCCGAGUUCAAAUCCAUAGUCAAGAUGAGCCUCCUUACAUUCACCAGCUGGGCUUCGGUGUCUCGCCAGGCUUCCAGACCUUUGUUUCAUGUCAGGAGCAAAGGUUGACAUAUCUGCCCCAGCCUUGGGGGAACUGCCGCUCCAGCAGCAAGGAGAAGUUCCCUGGAUAUGACACUUACAGCAUCAGCGCCUGUCGCCUACUCUGCGAGACCAAUGAGGUUGUGCGAGUGUGCAACUGUCGGAUGGUGCACAUGCCAGGAACCGCUGAUAUCUGUCCUCCUAAUAAAAUCAACUGUGUUGACAAAGCACUUGCACAGCUCCAGAAGACCAGCGGGGACACCUGUCCAUGCGAGACGCCUUGUAAUCUCACCCGUUACGGCAAAGAGCUCUCCAUGGUCAAAAUCCCUAGCAAGGGUUCGGCUCGCUAUCUCUCCAGAAAAUACGACAAGUCAGAAGACUACAUCAGAGACAAUUUCCUGGUUUUGGACAUCUUCUUUGAGGCUCUCAACUUUGAAACAAUAGAGCAAAAGAAAGCCUAUGACGUUGCAGGUUUAUUAGGUGACAUUGGAGGACAGAUGGGCCUCUUCAUCGGAGCCAGCAUCCUGACUAUUUUAGAAAUCCUAGAUUAUAUCUAUGAGGUCUUCAAGCAACGGCUACAACGUGUACUGAGGCCACAAAGAGAGGAAAAGAAGAGCAAGCCGCAACCGCAGCCUGCCACUGUUGCGACAGUGGGUCUGGAAGAAAUGAAGAUCGAGGAACCCAAUGCCGUGACGCGGAGUCACCCAGAAGGGGCGUACGCCAACACGAUGCUGCCCAAUCACCACCAUCAUCACACGGGACACCACGGGGUGUUUGAGGACUUCACAUGCUAGAUCCAACCAUUGUUUCCGUCGUUUUCUUUGUAGUGACAACCAAGGGAGAGCAAUGCAGUGUUGGUUGCCAUUCAAGAGAGACCUUCUGUAUUCAGCGCCAGAUCUUUGCUGCCGUCAGUGAAAAGCUCCAGCCAAAGUCCAACACCAAACUUGUGAUGCUAACAAAGCACUUGUAUGUAUGUAGGCACAAAACGGACACUCCAUUAUAUUUGGUUGUUUUGUUUUGUCAGGAUGGGACCCCUUUAAUGUUGUCUAACUUCAAGUGAGAAGUCAGGCACUUGAUGUUCAAGUAGGACCAAUUUUCGGUACGUGGCUCCUUCACGUCAUUUGUACUCCCCCAAAAAAGACAAUAUAAUUUGUUUGUUGAUUUGUUUCUCUUUUAGCCAUCAUGAUCCUUUUUGCUUCCCGUAACCUAUUGGAGCACUCACUGAACUGCUGCAUUAAGACAUUGCAACUUUAUGAAAAUAUCGAAUCAUUUAAUGAGAUACUUUGAUCCAUAUGUUCUAUAUUGUAUACAAGGUGAACUCGAAAGUAAACGAAGCUCUUUUGUGUGUAAUUUGAAUUAUAAAGGGGUUCUCGAAGUGAAA